CCUCGAAUCCAGGUCGAUUAAAAUACGUAUUUUAAUCUGCCUGGUCUCGAGGCUAGACAGAUACAGGAAGUCACGUUACUCUCCGCAUGAUGUACAGUUUCGAUACUCUCUCUAUGUCAUAUACUCUGACAAUACUGAUCCAGAGCUCAUAUAAAUAAAAUAUAAACAUGGCAGAACAAGGUCUUCAUCUUGCUUGUAAGAAAGGUCACUAUCAGACUGUUGAAACUCUCCUGAACCAUGGAUACAAUGUGAACGGAAGAGAUUCUCAUGGAAUAACUCCUCUCAUGUAUGCAUGCUUACAUGGCCACACUGACAUUGUGAGGCUGCUACUGAGUAAAGGGGCUGAUGUCAACAUGCAAGACCAUAAUGGGUGGUCUGCUCUGAUGGCAGCAAGCAAAGAUGGACAUACAGAUGUCAUCCACAUAUUGAUAGAAAAAGGAGUACAAGUGAACAUGCAAAAGAAAGAUGGGUGGUCUGCUCUGAUGGCAGCUAGUCAAAAUGGGCAUAGUCAUUCUGUCAAAGUAUUGAUAGAAAAGGGAGCACAAGUGAACAUGCAAAUGAAGAAUGGAUUGUCUGCUCUGAUGAUAGCAUGCGAAAAUGAACAUAACAGUGUCGUCAAACUAUUGAUAGAAAAAGGAGCACGAAUGAACAUGCUAAGGAAUGAUGGGUGGUCUGCUCUCAUGAUAGCAUGUUAUUGUGGAAGAGGGGAAGUAACUCAAAUACUGCUUGACCAUCACGCUGAUACAAAUAUUCAAGAUACAGAUGGUAAAACUGCAUUUAGCUGUGCAUGUGAAACAGGGCACACUGAGAUAGUUGAAUUAUUGCUAUCCUGCAAGCAUAUAAAGACACUACCUCAAACAGUGCAUGCAGAUACAUUUUCCACGCCCAAAUCUUCGGAACAGGAAAAAGAAAAAUACAAUGUUUCACAACCUGAAGAGGUAGAAUCAGUCACCAAUGCAGUGCGAGGGAAAUGUCUGGGUGCAUUUGACCAGCACACACAAGAUAUACAGAGAACAACAUCUCCAUCCAAACAAGUCAAAAUCGAACAAGACCUGUCCUUGAAGGGUUUGUCCAUGGAGCUGAAGACAGUGACAAACCCGAUAAUAAGGAAAAACAACCAACAAGCAUGGACUACUGGGCUCACCAUUGCUGAAAAAGUUAUAAAGGAAAUUCCCACCACAUCUGUUGGAGAGGGAUCACUUCGAGGGAUUUCUGUGGGACAAGGGCAGGAACACACUACUGAACAAGCAGCUCCGUCACAUGCCACAAAAGUAGAUGCCCUACUAUCAAGCAAUGGAUUGACAUACAAAGACGGGAAUAGGGAGUGCAAAGAUGACCAUAUAUUAAAUAUUUCAAUGCAGCUGGAACAAUGGGAGCUAGUAGCAACGUGGCUAGGAUUAACAGCAGCUGAGAGAGAAGCUAUCAAGGGUAACAAUCAGACUAUAGAAAUGAUGAGAUAUAACACUCUUAAGAAAUGGAAAUCUAAGGCUCUACUCAGUGGAACAGCUACGUAUCGAGUUCUACUACAAGCUCUGUUGGAUUGUGGCUGCAAUGACCAAGCAAAGCAAGUGUGCUCGCUACUCAAGGAAUCAUUAUUGUAUUAGCAAAAGAAGAUUCUGAAAUAGUGACAAAACUAUAAUUUAGUGUUGUUUGUUUGUUUGUUUGUAUUUUGCUUCUUGUGUUGUUGAUGAUCUUUUUAUCA